CGGUCGAAUGAAAGCCAACAAAACCACACUCCUUCCUGUCCUCGGUAGAGCCCUUCGUUGCGUCUUUUCUCCUUUUCUUGAUAGGGUUUUGAAGCACUAGACCUAGAGAUCACAGCACCCUUGCGUUUCCCCUCUGCUCCUUUCUCUUUGGAUAUGGAAAAUCUCCGGUUGGAUUUGAUGGAGGAGUCCGCAGACACUAUGGAAGAGGAUGAAUUCUAUGAGGAGAUUGAGGCACCGAAGUUUGUUGAUUUCACAGCCCCUGAUCGUUCUCGGCCGGAUGACCGCUCCUGGUUCUGCGUUCGUGUCGGAUGUGACCAAAAUCACGAGGAAGUAGAUCUUGAUGCUCUAUACAGAAGUUUCGUGCUUCGGGUCAUGGCAGCAAGGAGCCCAAAUGUAGGGCUUCGAAAAGCAUUAAAUCGACAAGGACCAAGAUCAAUGGCAAAAUGUCCACAUUCCGCACCAGCAAAGUCAGCCAAGGAUAAAAUAAGUAAAUUUAGCACUAUCACUUCAAUUCCUGAAAAGAUGGCAAAAACUAAGCUGAAAGACCAUCCAAUCUCUACUUUGAGAUCAACUCCAAGCAAAACAAAGGCGAAAGUGCAACGCUUUCCAAGCGAAAAGGCGUUGACGACACCAAGGAAGAAAAAAUGUUCAACAAACCAAGAGCCACUUCGAAGUGUGAAGUAUCAGAAGGCGCCAAUUGGAGCACCCAAGAAUAGAAGUGUGGCAAAAGCCCUAUUUCACUAUAGCCCAAAGAAAACAGAUGAGACUAGAACCCCUUCAAAGUGCCAUGCCCCAGUAUCUGAGGUUUGCACUGAGAUGAGGCUUAACAUUCGCAGUCGAACAAAGAAUGUACCGAGCAGGUACCUUUGCAAGCCAUCUACUGCAAUGAAUUCGAAAAGAACUGAAGAAACUGCGAAGAGUUCAAAGAAGAAAGUUGAGGGUUGUUCCCAGAUACGCAAUUCCCCGGUGCUUCGAGAAGGGAUUCAGAGCAACUCUAAUGACACAGGAACUGAUGGAAGACUAGGUAAUCUGAGUAUCUUGGCUACUGAUGUCGAAGAGCAUCUCGCACCUUUAGUGGUUUCCUCUGUUAAAGAGUCUUUGCAAUCAGCAACAGCAGAUGCUACAACCUCCAGCAAGUCAAAAGCACCACAAAAUUCUAAGGAUGAUUUAGAAAACAAGGUUUCCAUGCAGCAAAUUUCCAUCAGAGCAGCUACCGAGACUCGAGCAGUGGAGAAUGCUACUGACCUGGAUGACAAUAAAGAAAAUGCUUCAUACAGUGAUAGAGCUACUAGAGAUAUAGAUUCAAAUGCGACAAAUUUUGAAAACGAGAACUUGCAGUCGGAGACCUGCAAGAAUGCUCCUCAUAAGUUGUGGUACAGGCAAUCCGAGCUCCGAUUAAGUCCCUUAAGGAACCUUCUGAUCAAGGAGGAAAGCACAAGAGAACUACGAAUCCGAAGCCUUUCAGAUUUAGAACUGAUGAAAGAGGGAUUCUCAAAGAAGCAAACCUGCAGAGAAGGCAGAUUGGAGCUCAGGAAGGAACAACCACCACACUCAGGCAUGGAGAAGGAUUGCAAAAGAAUGGGAGGCCUUUCCAUGGACUGGUAAAGCAAACUACUUCUGGUGAAGGUGUGCGCAAUGCCCAGCCUGUAAGUAAAAGAAGCCAUUGAUGCACCAUCCUUCAGAUAGUGAGUUUUAAAUCCUUUUAUCCUGGAGUCCAUGAAAAAAAUGCUGAAAUUUGAUAUAUUUGUAUCUUGAAGAAUCUAGCAAAAUCUCGCCAUAAGUUGCCCAUGCAGUUAAUCAUUAGCAAGGAAAAAACAACGGAAAAAUCUAAGAGACAAACUGCCAAGUCUGCGAGGUUCUCCCAACAUUCUGCAGAAUUAAACUCUUAUAUGCAGUCAACAACUUGAAUCCUCAAGUUCAUUUUCAUGUAUGCAGUGUGACAGCUUCAGGAAAGGUGCCGGCGUCCCAUUUAGGAAGGGAGAACAACAAAGUCGGAAUUGCCGCCAUGAGUAUAAAGGCCAAGAGACCUACCACGGUUCCAAAAGGACCAAACUUUCACAGGAUCAAUCUUCCAAAGGGUUGCACAAAGAAACCUGAGAUGGUGAUCAAUUGACCACGGCGUCUAGUUUUUGUUCAUUUGUUCAAGUGAAUUCAUAUGACGUCCGUAUUCUUUGUUCAUGCAUUCUCAUUCUUUUUCCCCAUGCUGAGAAUGAGGAUGUUUAAAGGAAAUUAGGUG